GCCUGCUUGGCAAAAUCUCCUUUCUUCCAAGUGACUAAACUGAAAUUUUGGGUUGCUGAAGCCAUGGGCCUCGGUGCAAACUCAGGUCCCCAUUAACAUCAGAGGUGACAGAGCAAUCAUCAGUAACGUGGUUUGGCAUUUGACAAGACAUCCAAUUGAGAAGAGAAUUUAGAACUGCAAACUCAAAUGGGCCAUCCUUUUUUGAUGGAAUGAUCAAUCAUCUCUGUUCAACAUGCAAGUAUGUCUCCCUUUUCAUUUCAUUCUUAAAUGUGUAUAUGCAUAUUCUUUUGUGUUUAUAGCUGCUGUUUGAACUCACUAUUUUCACAUUUCUGUUUUAGGGAGUUUUAGAUUAGGGUGAGCAUCAACUGAGUUCACUCUUCAUGUUUGUCAUUCAAAUUGUCUUGUUUUAAGCUCUCUGUACAUUGAGUGACUAUAUUAAGAGAUAUGCUUAGAAGAUUAGUUAACCACCAGAAUUUUACCUUGAAAGUUGCGUUACUGCAAUUUCUCAUAGUAAUUUCUAUGAACAUCAAUCCUAAAGAGUUUCGCUUUGGCAUCCCCUGCAAGCAACAUUUAACACUGGAUUUUAGGUCUGCAAAAAAACAUGUCGAUUAUUCAAUGAAUCAAAUGCUUGUGUCUAUAGAAUUAAUUAUAAGAAAAGCAUAUCUUCCAUGUGAUUCCAAUGGAACAAUUCACAACGUACUACACUGGUUAUCCAAAAGAUCUUGGGCCAUCGUGGGUUAUUCAUUUCAAUUUAGAACGUGAGUUUGUUCAGCUCCCUCAUGAAGGGCGUCCUGUGGUUGUUGCAUUUACUAUCAGUUAUUAAAAUUUUGAAAAUACAGGGGUAAUUACACAAGACAUCUUGACGAAGUGUUGGAGGAAGCCGCUACCGGGUUUUAUCCUAACGUUAAAUUUAUGUGGGUUGAGCGCCCAAAAUAUCCAGGUUUCUGCAUGGCAUGGCAGAAGAAGGAAUAUCCAUUCAUUGAAAUAUUUCAUAUUCCUGAACAAGUGUGUGGUUUUUCUUUACUUGUCAACUGGUCUUGGUACCGUGCAGCAUCUAUGAUUCUAUAGGCUAUUAGUUGAGGCAGAUGAAAGUUAUCUUAGACUAUUGGAGAGUGGUGGAGCAAUUGGAGAAUUGAUCUAGAUAAGCUAAAUUUUAAUGAAGGAAAUUUCAUUCUAAGAUUUGUUACUUUUGGUUCUGCAUAGAGCCGAAGACAUAGCCUUGUGUCGAUAGAGUAGAUGUGUUAGAUGACAGUCAGUUCUUUGAUGCAGGGCCAUAUCCCAACAGUUUAC